GCAGGAAGCUGUCUUAUACAGUGCUGAGCGUAGGCUCCCAGUUUCUGGAAGAUGACAGAAAAUUUUAAGGAGACAUUCAUGUAAAAGAAGUGGAUUGCACAACUUUGGGCUGUAAGGAGUGACGGCAAGUUGUGACGUUCUGAAUUGUGAUGUUGAUAUAAGAGCUGAGCCCUGCAGCAACUCACCUGGGAGCGACCAUCGCAAAUAUGCAUUCUUUAUUUGAAUACGAAAAUCUGGAUGGUGGAGAGUGGGAGAUCCAGAAUUUGGCACCAACAACACUACUUCAUGACAGAGCCAUGCGGAAACGCUUUAUAUUAACAGGAGUCCUUGCCGUCGUGCUGGUGGCACUUGCACUAUUCUUUGGCCUCUAUUUUGGAUUGCAUGGUGGUAAUGCAGAAUAUGUCUAUGCAAGAGCAGCUGUAGCCACUGAUGCAGGAAAGUGUUCAGAGAUUGGAAGGGAUAUCCUGAAGGAAGCGGGCUCAGCUGUAGAUGCUGCUAUUGCCUGCCUUCUCUGUGUUGGACUUCUAAAUGCUCACAGCAUGGGGAUCGGAGGUGGUGCCAUCUUGACUAUUUAUGAUUCCAAAACUGGAAAAGCUGAAGUUAUAAAUGCUCGGGAAAGGGCUCCACUGGCCGCAACAGAGGAAAUGUAUGGAAACAACAGUCAAUUAGCCCAGAUUGGUGGCAAGUCAAUAGCAGUGCCUGGGGAGAUCCGAGGAUACCAGUUGGCACACAAGCGUCAUGGCAAGCUUCCAUGGAAACGGUUAUUUGAACCAAGCAUUAAAUUGGCACGAGAGGGGUUUCCUGUAGGCUUGGGACUCGAACAAGGGCUGAAUAGAAGCAGGGAGGCGAUUGAGAGUAAUCCAUUACUCUGUGAGGUGUUCUGUGGUCCAGAUGGCCAUGUGCUGCAGAUGGGAGAUAUAGUAAAGAUGCCAAAACUAGCAAACACUCUACAGACCUUGGCAGAUGAAGGUCCUGAUGCUUUCUACACAGGUUCCCUGUCUAAGCAGAUAGUGAAGGACAUCCAGGAUGCAGAAGGUAUUAUCACAGAAGAAGAUCUACGUAAUUAUACAGUGGACUUCCAGGAUGACCCACUCCAGUUCUCACUGGGAGACUUCACUUUGGUCAGUCCCACUGCACCCCUAAGUGGGCCUGUCCUUGGACUUAUCAUGAACAUCUUAAAAGGUUAUAAUUUUUCAAGACAAAGUGUGGAGACAGACGAGAAACUUGGGUUAACCUAUCACCGUAUUUUAGAGGCCUUCCGUUUUGCUUAUGCCAAGAGAACAUUAUUAGGAGAUCCCAUGUAUGAGAACAUGACUGAGGUGAUAAAGAACUUGACCUCAGUUUAUUAUGCUGAAGCGCUGAGACAGAAAAUCACAGAUGAUACUACUCACCAGCCUGACUAUUAUGAACCAACUUACUUCAUACAAGACUCGCAUGGCACAGCCCACCUAUCAAUUGUAGCUGAAGAUGGCAGUGCUGUAUCUGCAACUAGUACCAUUAACCGCUAUUUUGGUUCUAAGGUUAUUUCCAAUGUGACAGGAAUCAUUUAUAAUGACGAAAUGGAUGAUUUCAGCUCCCCUCUGAUAAAUAGCGGCUUUGACAUCCCACCUUCACCAGCAAAUUUUAUUAAACCAGGAAAGCGACCCCUUUCUUCCAUGUGCCCCUCAAUCAUUCUGGACAAGAACAAAAAGGUGCACCUAGUGGUUGGAGCUUCUGGAGGCCCAAAAAUAACAACUUCAGUAGCACUGGCCAUUAUGAGCACACUCUGGUUUGGUUAUGAUGUUAAGAAGGCAGUGGAGGCACCUCGAUUACACAACCAACUUUUCCCUGGUAACUCAACACUGGAGAAAACAAUAAAUCAGAUAGCAGUAGAGGAGCUCAUAAAGCGCAACCACAAUGUAAGUUUUGAGACCUAUGCCUUUGGAUCUGUAGUCCAGGCAGUUUUGCACAGUGAUGGCAAAUGGGCUGCAGCCUCAGACUCACGAAAAGGGGGUUACCCAGCCGGCUAUUAAACAGAAAUCAUCUUGUGGACUACUGAUUUGAUCUAGCUGGUAUCCAUAGACUAUGACAAACUAUUUCAGGAACUCAGGGACCAGAUUCAGCUGAGUGUUUAUGAAUCUUGGCAAUCUACCAAAGAUGAUGUGCUGCUCUCCUAUCUCCUCUUGCUUCAGUCGCCAUUUUCUCCAGCUUAGUAAUAAAGAGACAUCUGAAGUGCACACUGAGGAGACUCCUGUAUGUGAACAAAUAAUUAUAGAGUGUCAUUUCCUUCCGCUGGUCGAAGCCCUGCUAAAACUGUUGCACCCCAAGACUGAUAUACCUGGAAAAGAUGUAGUAUUAAAUUAUACACCAAAAUGGAUUCCAUCUCUUGAUCCCCACUCUGUGCCUUCUGCAGACUAUAGAGAACGGUCCAUUGCAGUUUUUGGUUUGGGCACUACAUCCCUUAUAGCAGGGCACCCCAACCUUUCUUACUUAUGAGCCACAGUCAAAUGUAAAAAGGCUUGUGAGCAACACAAACAUCAUAAAAGUUCAUGUGAGUGCCAAAUAAGGGCUGUAAUUGGCUAUUUGGUAACCCCCUAUGCACACUUUUGGCUUAUAGGAGACUUUGUUUGGUAGUAGAUCUUGUUUUUAUUCAACCAAAACUUGCCACCAAGUCAGGAAUUGAAAAAUAACUACCUGGUUUGGGGGCACUGAGAGCAACAUCCAAGGGGUUGGUGAGCAACAUGUUGCUCAUGAGCCUCUGGUUGGGGAUCACUGCCUUAUAGGGAGUGGGAACAAAGCAGAAAUAGAGACUGCACUCAAACUAAAUUUCAGAUGGGGAGCUUACCCCAUUUACUAUGCCAAUGUACCACUCCCUUCGUCAGAAUUUUUUUGUUUGCUGCAUAUAGGGAGUGGGGCCAUUUUUGUUUUGUCAAUUUAUUGAGGCCAUUAUCCUGUUCAAUGGGUGAUCAGUGUGGAAGAUGUUGAAACAUCUCCGUCCUAGGAACAAAUAAAUUAUAUCUCUAAUAAAUGUUUCUUUUAUCUUUAGA